AUGGAUGUACCCUUGGAAGCUCGUGCCACUCUUGAAGAAGAAAACGAACGUGUUUGUUUGAGCGUCUGCCACGGACUGAUAGCCGUCCCUUUUCUGACAUCUCCAGUGCGCGACGUUAAGCUACAGCUCGGCGGAAACGGCCUCGACAUGAUGUCUAGCAGUGACCCGGAGUUCAAGAAGCUCCAGCGCGAGAUGAUGGCCCGGUACCCGCACCACGUCCGCGGUGACGUGACAAGCUCGCAGUCCUCGGAAAUGCUGUACGGGGUGGACCCGACCACCUAUGACGAACAGUCGUUCGGAGAAUCGCAGGACGAAAUGAGGCGAGCUCCCGUGGUCGUGUCCUCCUCGCAGAUGUUAGCGGAGUCACCCCGGGCAUCGCGGUCGCAACAUCACGAAGUGCCACGGGAACCGAGGCCUUCGCACCAGAGAAACGCGGACCGGUUGAACUACAAGGCCCGCGUACGUCGGAAACGGGAGAAAGAGAGCCGCCACUCCAGGGAGAUCGCCAGGGACUGCCUCCUCAUCGUCCUUCUCAUCACCCUGAUCGUCCUGCUGAUCUUGUUUCUAGCGAGCCACGACUUCUUCGGAGGUGGCGAAAAGACUGUAGACACAGUGCCGAAGACGCCGAAGCCAAUCCCGAAAGGCGGUCCACUGAGACUCAUCGUGGACGUGGAUACGGGUGUGGACGACGCCAUGGCACUCACCUUCGCCCUGACCUCGGAGCGCGCUACGGUGGACGCGAUCACUGUGGUGGCGGGAAACGCUUACCUCGACGUAGCGUACAACAACACCCUGCGCGUGCUCAAGGUCCUCGACAUGCCUGAGGUUCCGGUGUACAAAGGCGCCGACCGGCCCAUCUCAGGGCUGUGGAAAACGGAGAAGGAAUACUUCGGGCCAGACAACUUCGGCGGCGUCAGCGCCAAGUACCCGAUGGCCGUGCUGCAGUCGGAAUCCAAGAAGCUCGCGCACGUUGCCAUGCGGGACAUGAUCAGGCAGCGGCCCAAGGAGCUCACGCUCGUGGCGCUGGGACCACUCACGAACUUGGCCAUCGCGAUGCUCAUGGAUCCCGGCCUGACCGACGACAUCGCGCAGAUCUUCGUACUGGGAGGCAACAUUUAUGGAAAGGGCAACGUCAAGCCAGCCGCUGAGUUCAACUUCAUCACCGACCCGGAGGCGGCCCGCGUUGUUCUGCAGAGAGCCACUUGUCCCGUGACCAUCGUGGUCUGGGAAGCCAUGCUUCAAGCCGCAGUGCCUUUGCACGUCUACAAGGAUGUAGUAGCGGAGGACACGAAGCUGGCGAGGUUCCUGCGCGAUGUGAGCAACCACACCGUCGAAUGCUGCCUAGAGCACACAUCCAGAUCGUUCCUGCUCGGAGACUUCCUGGCGGUGCUGGCCGCUCUGGUUCCCGACAGCGUGAACGGGUCGAUGGAAAGCCGCUCCGACGUCGAGCUGCACGGCGACUACACCCGAGGCCAGAUGGUGCACGCCUGGCUUCAAAAUCACUUGCCUCACAUAACGCACAGCGUGACCGUCGUCCACAGCUUCGACACUGACGCCGUAACAGAUCACUUCCGCAAAGUGUUUUUGGCCGAGGACAACGGCGACGACGAGUGAC